AUGCCGGACCAGAAUGACCACUGUUUGCUAUUCACUCAGACUCAGUUACCUGCCUCUCCUAUUGACUCAGGAAAAAGAAAAGAUUUAAGUGAAGCCUACUUUGGUCUGAAAGCUGAUGUCUCCAACGAUGGAAGCUUUGUGGUAUCAUAUGUGUCUAAAAUAUGGUUGAACAGUGCACCUCCGUUCUUCAUCAUCAACGGUACCAAAUACUCAGCAUUAGAUGGAUCAUUGAAAUUCAUAGGAAUUACGAACAGUACCGGAAAUACUGAUAAUUUUGGUGUUUGGGAAGCUCGAGAUAUUCAUUAUUUAGCCGACAAAAUGAGUGUUAUUGCCAGCGUCAAAAACUAUCCUUAUGGAAUCGUCACAUUUUCUGUGAAAUAUAUCGAAGCUGCUGAUUCUACUGCUGCUCCUGAUGUUAAUCAAAUAAUCUGUGGUUUUCCUGGUUUUAAAUUACAAGGUGCACGAGAUGAUCUUGGGUUUCUAGCAUAUGGAGGACAUUAUUCCGGCGAUACUGAUAAAACAAUUGGCAGGUGGAACAAUGAUGCUAAAAUUCCAGGUGGACUUGAAGGAUCUGGCCCUUUAGCUGUAUUUGAUAAAGAUGGAAAUACACUUUUAACCACACCUUUAGAUAACUUCAUGUCAAUUUCAACUUGGAAAGAUGAUGUCAAUAAUUUCGUGUAUUGGGGAAUUAUGGGUGGCGUGGAUCAAGUUCCUGCCAAUUUUAAAUAUCAGGUUAUGAUGAACUACAAUACAGGAAUCAAUAUGGCAAUAGCAUCAUGGGGUUUAAUAAUACAGCUGUAUUACAACAAUACCAAACAAGCUGAAGUUACUCCAGAUAAAGACAUAACUACAAGAUAUCUGGGGUAUUGGACAGAUGAUGGUACAUUUUAUAAUAAGGCACCGAUUACUGGUCAGAACUAUGAAAGUACAAUAUUAUCUAUACAGAAUGAAGCUAUCACCAAAACUAAAUUACCAUAUACAUAUUUUCAAAUUGAUAAUUGGUGGUGUAUAAAAACUGGUAAUAAAGUUAAACAAUGGGCAGGCGACCCUACAACACUGCCUGAUGGAAUGUCAUCACUUGAAAAUAAAACUCAAAGUAAAUUUUUGAUGUACAGUGGAGUGUGGUCCAGUGAUAAUGUGUAUGCAAAACAAAAUGGAGGAAAGUAUAAUUUUAUUAUUGAAGGUGAUACAGCUGUACCAGAUGAUCCUAUGUUUUGGGACGAUUUAUUCUCCAAUGCAGCUGAGUGGGGUUUAGUCACAUACGAUCAGGAUGGUUUGGAUGAAACGUUAAUGAAUUUAAAUGCUACUAAAACAGAUCUCAAUCUGGCUAGUCGUUGGUUGAAUGAAAUGGGUAGUGCCGCAGCAAGAUAUAAUAUUAGUAUUUUAUAUUCUGAUGGUUAUCCUAGACAUUUAUUACAAUCUAUAGUAAAUCCAGCAGUUACACAGACAAGAGUUAGUCCAGAUUAUGGAAAAAAUAAAGAUCAAUGGAAAAUCGGAAUCUCGUCCAUAUUCGCUGAUGCCUUGAAUCUUGCUCCUAAUAAAGAUUCCUUUAGAACUAUUAAAAAGUCGAGUGAUUUUGAAGAACCACAUCCGGAACUUGAACUAGUUGUAUCUGUUUUAUCACGUGGACCAGUUGGUAAUGGGGAUGGAUUAGGUAUGGUAAACAAGACAGUGUUAUCAAAAUGUUGUGGGAAAGAUGGUCGAAUAUUACGAGCUCAACAUCCAGCUAAAGCCAUAGACGCCCAAAUCAUGCAGACAGCAUUUCAAGAUGGUAGCGGUCCAGAUGGUGAAGUGUGGUCGACCUUCACUCAGAUUUCAUCAGUAGGAUUCGAAAAUGCUAAAUAUGGUGUUGUCUUUGCCGCUGGACAGACCAAACCGUUCGAUAUAACACCUAAAAAUACCCAUCUAGAUUAUGACUUUCCAAAGAGUAAAAUAUAUAGAUGGAACGCACCAUAUGAACAAUAUGAUUUUAACAUUGGUUCUAAAUUUACAUUAACUAAUUGUACCUUGGACAAUUUCUGUUUAUAUUUCACUGCACCAGUCAUAGAAUUUGAUGGACAAGAAGUAGUGAUCCUGGGAGAAACAGAUAAAUGGAUUCAUAUGCCACAUCAACGUGUUCGACAGAUCACGAAACAAGCCACUCAGUUAAAAAUGGAAAUUGAUGGUUCUCCUGGAGAAGAAAUAGAAAUAUGGAUAACUGUCAAUGGGAAAAUAGCAGCCUUAGCUACUCGUGCUGAUGCAACUGGAUAUGCUCAUUUCAUAUAUGAACGAUACCAUGACAAUGCAGGAGAUACCAAAUAUUUAUUUUCAUUCUCAAAUUAUUUAAUAACCUUAUUUUGUAUUUGCGUAUUUAAAUAUUUUUCAUAA